AUGUCGAUCGACAACUUGUCGUCACCUACGCCACCGGUUCUCAUACGAAUUGUGAACGCCGAUAACCUGGAACACGAGUUUGGUUUGAUUUCAUCUUUCAUCGACAAAUACUGUUUCGUUGUGUUGGAGACGGAGUUUUCCGGCGUCAUUUUACCUCCAGCCGCCGAUAACAGCGGUGUCGGCUUCCGUCACCAGAAUUCUUCGGAACUCUACUACCACCUCAAAAAGACUGUAGAGGCUUAUAAACCUAUUCAGGUAGCCCUCACCCUGGUCGAUGCCAACGGGAACCUCCCUCGUGUCGACACCGAAGAAAACCCUUCCAUCUGGGGAUUCAAUUUCAAGGAUUUUGAUCCGGCGCGUGACCUACACGCCGCAGAGUGGAUCCAAUCCAUGGAAGGAAAAGAAGUCGAUUUUGAGAAGAAUCGUGAUUACGGGAUAGAUUCGGUGAAAUUCGCUGAGAAACUGAUGUCGUCUGGGUUGGUCUGUAAUACGGAUGUGGUGACAUGGGUGACGUUUCACAGUGCUUAUGAUUUCGGCUACUUGUUGAAGAUGCUCACUGGUCUCCAUGGUGGAUUGGAGCAGGUGGCUAAGACGCUCAAGGUGGAGCCGGCGGCCGGAAAAGUUCACCUCGCCGGCGAGAAUAGCUUACUGACAUGGAAGGUGUUUCAGAAGAUCAAGGAUCUUUGCUGUGGUGAAAUCGAGAGCUUUGGUGGCGUUAUCUAUGGAUUGGAGACUUUCUGA